AAAAUUGAAUUGAGUCGUGUUGAGUCCGACGUGGUGAGUGGUCGUGUGGUAAAUUAAGCUCGCGACUAUCACAUAUUUUUGUGAAAAAAUCAUUUAAAAAACCAAAAAAAAAAAUAAAAAUAUAUAAAAAUCAACAAAAAAAAUUGCAAAAAGUAGCAAAAAUCGAGCAAGUGUAUAAAACUUCUUUUAAGUUUUUCUUUUGUGUAGAUUUUUCUCUUCAACGUUAUUGAAGAGAGCGAUUGAAAGAAGCGUGCAAAGAUAAAUUGUAUCCGACAGAUAAAAAAAAAAAUGAAUUCUGGAGGACCCAACUAUCAAAUGGCAUCACUUUAUGUUGGCGAUUUACAUCAGGAUAUAAACGAGGCUGGUUUAUUUGAGAAAUUUUCAACCGCUGGUCCGGUAUUAUCCAUUCGAGUUUGCCGUGAUGUAAUUACACGUCGUUCACUGGGCUAUGCCUAUGUAAAUUUCCAGCAACCAGCAGACGCGGAACGUGCGUUAGAUACGAUGAAUUUUGAUUUAAUUCGUAACAAGCCUAUACGCAUUAUGUGGUCACAGCGGGACCCAUCUUUGCGUCGUUCGGGCGUGGGAAAUGUCUUUAUUAAAAAUCUUGAUAAAAGUAUUGACAAUAAGGCGAUUUAUGACACUUUUUCUGCGUUUGGCAACAUAUUGAGUUGUAAAGUUGCAACCGACGAAAAGGGCAAUUCAAAAGGAUAUGGUUUCGUACAUUUUGAAACCGAAGAAUCAGCUAACACUUCGAUAGAAAAGGUCAAUGGCAUGUUGUUAAAUGCUAAAAAAGUCUACGUAGGUAAAUUCAUUCCACGCAAGGAACGCGAGAAGGAAUUGGGAGAAAAAGCAAAACUGUUUACUAAUGUGUACGUAAAGAAUUUUGGAGAAGAUUUUGAUGACGAGAAGUUGAAGGAGUUAUUUGAGCCUUUCGGGAAAAUAACCAGCUAUAAGGUAAGUUAAUCCUAUUUAACAUUA